AUGGAUCUCGCUGAGGAGGUAGGCCAUUUUCCGCUUCUGGACGAUGAAAAGUUUGAGUCGCUUCUGAACGCCUUUGAGACUCAGGGUAUAACCUCCCAGGAGCUUUUGAUGUGGCCUAUUCAAGACAUAGCGAAGAAGACAGGACACCCUGAACAAGACGUGAAGACCUUUGUCGCGGAUCUGAAACUGCAUCUUCAGAAAGAUCUCCCCAAACCACGAAAGAUCGAUGACUGCAUUCCACAGCAGGCUAGUUUUACCACUGGCGAUGAAAAACUAGACAAAGCUCUUAAUGGAGGCAUUCCGUGCGGGUGUCUCGUGGAGAUCAGCGGAGGCUCUGCGACAGGAAAAUCGAAUUUCCUGAUGACGUUGAGCAUGACCAGCCAGCUACCGUUAGAGUUUGGUGGAUUGGGCCCGUCAUUGUUUGAAAAAACGCGAAAGCCCGUUCAAACCAUGUACAUACCUACCGAGAGCGCAUUGAGCACAAAACGACUCAGCCAGAUAUCCAGCCAUUACAAAGAGCUCCUUCGAGCGAACGGGAUCCAGGAUAGUACGAUAUACCCGCAGAUGGAAAACGUGAUUACUCCCUCAAUUGCUAUCUCCGAUCUCGAGCGUCAGGACCGAUGUAUUUUUUACCAGCUACCGUUGCUACUACAGCGAAAUAAAAAUGUCAAGGUGGUGAUACUGGACUCAGUCACACACCAUAUCCGAGCAGAGCUGCCUGUGAGCCAGCGACGGUCGUAUAUUAUCAAACUAGGACGUUUUUUGCGGAAAAUGUGCAAUGAGUAUUGUGUGACCGUCAUCGUUGCGAAUCAGAUGACCGACAAGCCCCUGGGCGACAUUAUUAGUGACGAGGUGUUUCUCAAGAUGAAUGCAGACUACCAGCUGGGCUGGUGCUACGGUUGGGACGAGGUUGGGGUCGUUUAUCGCCAGCUGUGCUCGCGCAACAAGCAAGACUUUGACACUUACGACGAGAUUGACUACGCAGAUUAUUCUGCAGACUCGAGCACGCAGGAAACGUCUCAAAGGAGCUCGACGCCGAUCUGGGACCAGCUCAAGACCGAACGAAAGAAGAUGUUUGAGUCCAAAUACAAAAACAAGGUGUCCAAAAUCAAGACUGUGCCUGCCCUUGGGCUGGACUGGCUGAAUUUUCUUGACGCCCGCAUAUCUUUGAUCAAAGAUUAUAAACCAAUACUUAACGAGCAGAUGAUAGAGGAGUUCAGCGAAGACCUGGGGAUCGACUCGUCGUUUUUGCGCUCACAAGAUGACGACGAAAACGGCAACUCGAACGCUGAAUCAAAGCGCAAAACUGUGGCAGAGGUGCUUAUGUCGAACGACUACCUAGCCAAUUAUAAUUUUGAGACUCAGCGAAAGCUGCUCAUUGUUUUCAGUCCUCUCGUAUCCGGUGCACGCCAACGCGAGUGUAUCUUCGAGAUCUGGAACGGCGGUAUCAGAUGUCCUUAA